AUGUCUAAGCUCUUCAUUGGCGGCCUUGCAUGGCACACUGAGGAAGGCACCCUCAGACAGAAGUUUGAGGAGUUUGGUGCCGUCGAGGAAGCUGUCGUUGUAAAGGACCGCGACACUGGCCGCAGCCGUGGAUUCGGCUUCGUCCGCUACACUCAGGAUGGUGACGCUCAGAAGGCCAUUGCUGCCAUGAACAACGUCGAGUUUGAUGGACGCACUAUUCGCGUUGACAAGGCUUCCGACAACGGUCCCCGCGGUGGCGGUGGUGGUGGCUACCGCGGCGGCUUCGGCGGCGGUGGUGGACGUGGCGGCUACGGCGCCCCCCCUGUGCCUUAUGGAGGCGCUCCCGGCGGAUACGGCGUCCCCAACAUGGGCUACCAGCAGCAGCAGCCCGCCUACGGCCGCGGCUACCCCCCUCAGCAGCCCUACGGCGGUGCCCCUCCCCAGGAUGGCUACGCACCCCAGGCUCCCUACGGAUACGCCGACCCGUCUCAGCAGCCCCAGGGCGGCCGAGGCUAUUAGUGCUCGCUAGAUUUCGGAGAUUCGUUGCCCGCUAGUUGUCGGUUUUCGCAACUCGGGAACAUGCGGCCAAGACAUGUUGCCGACGCUCAACUGCUCCGAGUCUGACAGACGUUCGUGUGCGCGCCCGUUGGUUCGAUCGAGCUUUGGUAAUAUUCUU